ACUCAUUUCCAAUUGUAGUUUUAUUUUAUACUUCAUUAGUUGCAGAUGAAGAUUUAUUUAUUUUCGAGCACGUGUAUUUGUUUAUACAUACAAACGGUAAAUGUUUCAUUUUACUUGCUGCCUCCCCCUGAGUUGAUGGGAUUUGGUACAUUCCAGUGGCGUUUGGCUGGCUUGAGUAAAGAGUCUUCAUACAGCCGCACUGUGGAGUCUGCCGGCAACACGCGCAUCUGCGGGAAUGGAGUGAGCUGAGGGUGUGUAUUGAGGUUGGAUGCUGCAAAGAAAGGUCAAAGCUGAAGAUUGAACUGUUGGAAAGAAGAAGAAAACAACUGCAGAAUAAGGAAAAUAAGCAUGGAUUGUAAAGAGGAGAUCAGUGACUCUGAUAGCGGGAUUAUUUUGAACUCUGGUCCAGACAGUCCCACAUCUCCAGUGAAGGAGCUUAACACUCACACAAGGGCCAUGAGGCUGAAGCAGCAGGCGCUGGAGGACCGGCUGGAGCUCUGUGUGCUGGAGCUCAAGAAACUCUGCAUCCGAGAGGCUGAGCUGACUGGAAAACUGCCCUCCGAUUACCCUCUCCUGCCUGAUGAGAAGCCGCCGCAGGUCCGGCGACGCAUCGGAGCCGCUUUCAAACUAGAUGAGGGUUUUAUUUCACAAGAUGGAGAGGAGUCUGAGCUGCUUUCGCUGGAGGCUGAUCUUGCCCUGCAGCGGCAGAUUUAUGAGGCAGCGCGAAAGCUCUCCCUGGAGGAGCACAUCAGCAAACCGGUGAGGAAAAGCCGACUGCAGCAGUGCAAACGUGAGGAGAAGAAGCUGAAAGAGCUGCAGGAUGCCAUACUGAAACACCGCAUCAACCACGGCUGUGUUUCUCCUCAAACCUGCUAUUCGUCCAGGCAGAGAGAUCUUUGCAUGUCUGACGACAGCUCGCUUUCUGAUGCUGUUGCCUUAGAUGAUGAUUCAGACUCUGCUCCCUUUUCUCCGGCUGUUCUGGGAUCUUCCACAGACAGCGGAUUUCAGCGUCUGACUCUUUUACCCAAACACGCUCCAAAGCAGUCAAGCUCCAGCUCCAGUCUGGACUAUGAUGCUUCACCCAUCCAGAACUCUCCAUGGAAGGAAUCUAGUUUGGAUCAGCCCUACCAGAAGCCAAAGCCAUCUCACUCUGCUGGCAGCAGCCGCUCAAGCAGUCCAACAGGCUCCCCAACAGACAGCAGGAUGGCAGAGCUUCCUCCAGCACCCCAGUUUGUGUUCAAGAGUCUACCGGUGCGAAACAAUCAGCCAAACAGCGCCCCCUCCACACCGGAGCUGCCACUGCGCCGACACUUCUCACAGUCCUUCAGGCUUCCCAGAAGCAAACCAGAACUUGCCAAGCCUGGCACAGAUCUGGGACGAGGACGAACCAAACUGCCCCGCCGCAGAGUGACUGAUUUUGCUUUGGCCUACUCUGUUCAGCGCCUCUAUCAGUGCAGCUCUGAGGACAGCAGCUCCGAGCUCUCCAUUUCCUCAUACAGCAGUUCCUCCAGCCGAGAGACCACCAGCGACGGACCUAAGCCCUGUCCACCUCCAUACGGUUACCAUCGCACUCUUCCAGCUAAAGCAAACCACGCCAACAACAACACACUCAACGCCAACAACACACUCAAAAACAACAACAACAACCCACCUCGCCUCGUGCCAGGCGCCAAUCGAGUAAAGAUCAACAACGGGACGCCACUGCAGGCAGAUAUAGCAAAACUGCAGCUUGGACCAACUUCACAAUCUGCAACCUUAAAUGUUAAUAAUAAACCCAAACAAGCGGAGGUCACAUCUCCCAAACGGAUGCUCAAGCCUCCACCGCCAUACACAAAAGUGGUUCGCACGACCUCUCUUAGAGAAUACCCCAAUCAUCCCAGCCGUGUGCUUCCUCGAGAUGUGGUGUCCGGAGAGCUUAAAACUUGGCACCAGAAAAACAACGUGGUGGCGCCCAAAACCCGUUCACUUGAACGCCAAGGGUCAAUGAGGAUCAAGCGCCCGGAGCCGCCACCGUACCACCAGAUUCCAUCUCACAAACAGGUUUCUCAGAAAGUGAUUCUGCAAAGGGCUUCCGAUGGGACGCCGCUGCAGUGGUACGAGGAGGAAGACUCUGAGAUUGUGAGUCAGGUGUAAACAGGAAUAAAGAAAACGCGAACUACACCUUUUUGUAUUUUUAUUUAUUGAGCCAAUGGACUCGCCAGUGUAGUCUGAUAGUGAAAAUUACGUUAAUUCUCACCGAGAUGUUUUCGACCGCGUUGGAGCUGAGCCAGUGAAAUUUACUCCUCAAUUCCAUUUAUGCCUACAUUUGUGAUUACAUGUCAAGUCUAAGACUUCCUCGUACGGCAUCAUGCCAGAUAUUUAAGAUGAAUGUAUAAAUAAUUGUAAUUUUAUUGAUGUCAGGAGAGCGUGGCCCACUUUUUCAAAUGACCGAUUGAUGCCCUUGUGAAAAUGACAAUUUCAUAUAUAUAUUUGUGUCUGGUACACGAUUAUUCAUGAAGUAUUAUGUAAUGUCUUUGUUUCCCCAUUAUUUUAUUUAAUUUAACACAUUAUGAAUUAAUAUAUUAUUUGUCCGUAUUAUGUUUUAUUUGUAAAUUAAUAUUGCCCCUUUGCUAACACUUUUUUAAAUUAGUGAAAUGCUCUGCUACUGUAUUACGCAUUGUAAGAAUAAUCCAUCUGCGAGUCUGAUAUGCAGAUAUUUUGCUUCAUGUUUGUACACUAAUUAUGGAAAAAAUAUAUUAUUUAUAACACACUUUAAUAAACAA